AAUUAGUAAAAUAAACAGCUUAGCAGCCUAAUACCUCAGAAAACAAAGGCCAAACGCUAUGAUUAUCAGCACAAAGUCACAGGACACACUCAGAAAAGACAAGGCGCUAUAUAGCGGGAAGGACAGCUGAUGCAUGCCAACCUCACGGAGCUCGCGAGAUCUCGCGAUGUAGCAGCCAUUGGAAGGCAUUGGAAAAGAUCUCGCGAGCUUAGUAGCUGGUCACUGUUCCCGCCCACCGGUUUUGUGGCGCGAGACGGGCUCCACCUCAGCGCUUCUCUGUGAACGCUCGCGGACCGGCAGCAGGCGCUAAACGUCGGGGUCGCUCAGACGUUUUUGAAAUCGCUGCCGAUAUAUACCCAUUUUUUGGUACUUUCGGUGAAGAACCAAAUAGUUCCCAACAGGUUAAAAUUCGCUGACGUUGGAGACGGCCACGGUGGGGGAGGAUCUUGACUCUGCCACUCACAUCUUGCUUCUCCAUGGACCAAUCAAAGACUAUGGAACCCACCUCCAGUCCCCGCCCACAUGCUAGAGGUCCCGCCUCUUCUAACAAGAAUCAGCCAGGAUCGAAGGCGCAGCAGAUCAAGGAUGUCUUUGACAGUGUCGAGGAAUGGAGCGAGCCCUCCGACUCUGGCAGCGACUUUGAGCCCCCGGCAAAACGCAGGUCGAGGAAGAGAACGGCGCACUCUGAGCCUGCGAGGUCGCCCGUCGCGAGACAGGCGGACAGGGAGACGGUGCACAAAAGAGCCCAGCGCAACACAGCUCAGGCUCACAGGACACCCCCUCGUGCUAGUGAAACCAGGUCACAGCAGGUCACUGCUGCACACCUGUAUGAGGCCGUCAGGGGGGGCAGGACCGCCAUGAGGAGUCUGAUUGAUGACUUCCUGGAGGGUUACAAGCAGGACAAGGAGGCGGAGCUCCUGGAACUCAUUAACUUCAUUGUGAUGUGCAGCGGAUGCAAAGGAGUGGUGAACAGGAAGAUGUUCGCCAACAUGCAGAACGCCCAGAUCAUCAGUAGACUGACCCGCGAGUUUGAUGAGGACUCGGGCAGCUACCCCCUGUGCUCCCCGGGGGUGCAGUGGAAGAAGUUCCGUGUAAACCUGUGCGAGUUCUUCAGCAUGCUGGUGCAUCGCUGCCAGAACAGCCUGCUGUAUGACGAGACCUUGUUCAGCUCUCUGAUCGCACUGCUCACAGGCAUGUCCGACUCCCAGGUGCGCGCCUUCCGGCACACCAGCACACUGAUAGUGCUGAAGCUGAUGACUGCCCUGGUGGAGGUGUCUCUUGGUGUGGGGUAUCAGAGGGAGACGUGCCAGCGGCUGUAUGAGGCCGAACUGGGAAAGGAGCUACAGCGUCAGGCCCCUGCCAAACUGGAGGAACUGCGUGAUAAACUCGCCGAGCUACAGGAACAGCAGGAAGAGAUGAACAGCAUGAUAAAUUCCAUCUUCAAAGGCGUCUUUGUGCAUCGAUACCGGGACAUACUUCCUGAGAUUAGAGCCCUGUGUAUGGAGGAGAUUGGGCUGUGGAUGAAAAUUCACAGCGAGAGCUUCCUGAACGAUGGAUACCUGAAAUACCUCGGCUGGACUCUGCACGACAAGCAAGGUGCUGUGAGGCUGAAGUGCCUGAAGGCGCUGCAGGGUCUGUACAGCGAGAAGGACUUCAUUGGCAGGCUGGAACUCUUCACUAACAGGUUCAAGGAGCGGAUAUUGUCCAUGGUGCUGGACAAGGAGGUAGAAGCUGCAGUGGAGGCUGUGCAUCUGCUAGUUCUCAUCCAACAAAACACCGAGGAUGUGCUGACACAAGAGGACUGUGAUAAUGUUUACCUCCUGGUCUUCAGCUCUCACAGAGGCCUGGCCUCAGCUGCUGGGACCUUCCUCUACAACAGGCUGUGCAGCAAGGUGGAGGGAGACAGCGAGAGGAUGGAGGUGGACAAUCGCAGAAUGGCCAUCAUCAAACUGCUGCUCUCCUUCUACAUCCAGACUGAGCUCCAUGAGCACGGCGCCUACCUGGUGGACAGCCUGUGGGACAGUGCUAGCGCAGAGCUGAAGGACUGGCAGACCAUGACUGAACUGCUGCUGGGGAGGCCGGGAGAAGAGGAGGGUCUGGGAGAUGAGGAGGAAAGUGCCCUGAUUGAACUGAUGGUGUGUGCAGUUAAACAGGCAGCAGAGGGCCAGCCUCCCAUUGGCAGAGUAUCUGGCAAGAGGGUCCAGACUGCAAAGGAAAAGAAAACACGGGCCCAGGACCGGAUACGGCUGACAGGCCAUUUCAUCAUAGUGCUUCCACAGCUCCUGGCCAAGUACUCCGCAGACGUGGAGAAGGUGACCUGCCUGCUGCAGACUCCUCUGCACUUUAACAUGGACAUCUACUGCACUGGCCGGCUGGAGAAGUACCUGGAGCUGCUCCUGGAUCAGGUCAGCAUGAUCGCGGAGAAACACACGAAUGACGGUGUGCUGGAUGCGUGUGCUCGCGUGUUCUCCGAGCUGUGCAGCGACUGCUACACCUUCGCAGGGCGCAGCAACGUGGCACUCAGCCAGCUGGUGGAGGGGCUAGUGGACCGCUUCACCACGACUGUGGAAGACCUGCUGCAGGGCACACUAGAUGAAGAUGAGCAAUAUGGUGCAGUCGCCAAUCUGAAGAGGAUCGCUGCUCUCUACAACGCCAAGGACCUGACACGCUGGGAGCUGUUCGACCCCUGUUACCAGAUUCUGAAUCACGGCGUGCAGAGCGGACACACUGUGAUGGAGGUCAUGGUGCCUGCGCUGAAGAGCGCCUUUCUCCACGUGAUGUGGGAGCUGGUCAGGGUUGUGAACUCCCAGCCCAGUAAGGCACAGCUCAGCCAGUUAAAGCAGCACACGAAGGGUCUGAUUGCCGUGUUUCAGAGCUGCCUGUCGAUGAUCAAGAAAGAAAUCAGAGACCAGGCAUUUCUCCUGCUGUGCGACUUCCUCAUAAUCCUCAGUCCUAAAUUGGCCAAAGGCCGGGAUGACCUGCAGACAGUGGUCUUCCUGCCCCCAGACGCUCUCCGCCUGGAGAUGGCCAGCUUCGUCAUGGACUACGUGUUUGUGGAGGAGGAAGUGGAUGAUAAAGAGGAGGACUUGGAGAAGAUGGAGGAUCUUCACAGGCGCAGGAACCAGCUGGCAGGAUACUGCAAAUUGAUCGUCUACAACGUGCUGGACCUGAGUGCAGCCACCGAUGUCUUCAAGCACUUCGUCAAGUUUUAUAAGGACUUUGGGGACAUCAUCAAAGAGACCCUAAGCAGAGCCAAACUGAUCAACCGUGUGCAAUGCGCCAAGACUGUUUGUCUGAGCCUUCAACAGUUGUUCACGGAGCUGGUGCAGGACCAUGGGGUUGCGUCAAUGAGUGUCAGCCCAGAGUUUGGCGCUAUGAGGGACCUGGCUCACCGUCUGGCCAUGACCUUUGGCAUUGAACUUCAUAGUGUCAGAGAGGCCCUGGUCGCCCUGCACAAGGAUGGCAUCCGGUUUGCCUUUAGGGACUUGGGUGUGGGCGACAGACCUCCCGAGAACCUGCACUUCCUGGAGAUUCUGUCCGAGUUCUCUUUCAAACUGAUCAAGCAGGACCGGGCUCUACUGGCUAACUUUCUGCAGCGCAUGACUUCCUCAACCUCCACAUCCUCCCGGUUCUGGCCUCCCAUGGUCAUGUACCAGCGCUCCCUGCAGACUGGGGAGAAGGAGGCUGGCGGCUGGGACAAGCGGUCCUCUGUCAGCAGAACCUCUCCACGCACACCUGCCAGCAGGCCCAGGAGGAAGAGAGCCACUGCGGCCUCUUCUCCCAGCGUCAAGGAGACCGCAUGGCUGGACCAAAGCAGCAGUUUCCACAGCAAACUUCAGACCCCACCCUUAACCUCCACUGUGCUGAAGAAGGCGCCCCAGGCACCAUCUGACAGGGAGAGCGAGGUCUACAGGACCCUGCCUGACAGGGACAGAGCCAGUUCGGAGAGGGGUUCAGAGGCAGACUUCACCAACAGCCCGCCUGUGCGCAGUGUGUCCCGGAAACAGGCUGCUUUCCCCACUCCAACCAAAACCAGAGCUCUGCCCAACCCCACGCCCACACCUACCUCCGGCCGCAGCAGAGACCUGGACUCCCAGCUGCACCUACUCAGUCUGAUUGAAGAGGAUGAGGAUGACAACCAAGAGGAGUUGGAGAUUGAUGAUGAUGAGGGGUCAGGGGGCACGUCUCCUCUACACCUGCCCUCCACCCGAUACCAGCACUCAGGCGGUUUCCUGGAGGACCUGUUUGACUGAGAGCUCCUGGGCGCGAGGCUCCCUGAAGGAGAGGUGUGGCUGAACUGAUGGAGCAUCCCUGCCCCAGCAACACCAGCUACACUGAAGAACACCCAGUGCAUAGGCCAGGCUGCUCCAGCCAGGCGUGUAAUUAGUUCACGGGAAGUCUGAAAAGGUUCUGCAAGAGGAAGAUCCCGCGCUCAACGUCAAGAGGCAUCAGGUUCCAGCACAUCUGCUUAAGGGCUUCAGAAAGAGUGAAGCACUUAGUUGCGCUUCAAAACAACCGAGACCAGUCUGAUCAGUGUAGAUUCACUGACAACAGACCAGCUCCAGUGUGCAACUUCCGUAAUCACACAGGCCUCCCUUUUCAAGACAAACAGCGGCUAGGGUCUGAAUCGGCACCCAGUCCUCGGCCCGGGACUCGAGAGAAGGCCCUUUGUGGUUCUGACGUGGGGGAGAGCACCCUGCUGUGUCAGAGUUGUUGUUCACUGUCGUUGGAUUUGUGUUUGUUCCUGUUGGGAUUGGAAAUCCCUCCCACUGCAGUGUUCUUGGUGAUUCGGGGGUGUGCUGUUCACAGUGGGGUGUAAAAAAAGCAGAGCAUGGUGUUUUAAAGGGAGGAUGUUAUUAUGCGUCACAGGGGCAAGAGUCACCAGUGGGUUUUGAAGGGAUUUUGUUGUUGGAAGUUAGAAAUCUCAGGUUCUUUGGUGUUCUUCACAAUAAACUUCAUUUCUGAGGUAAA